UCUCUGCUGUCCUUCUCAUUCCUCCGUAAAACACGAAUGCAAGACAGAGUCGAGGAGCUGUCCACUUCAGCACCGCCAGCAGGACUGUCCAGACAAACCCAGACUGAGCCUCAUGAGGAUGAUGAAGAUGAAGAUGAUGCUGCUGCUGCUGCUGCUGAGUGCAUGCGGACUGCAGUAACACACCAGCAGCAGUCAGCAGCACCACACACCCGCAUUCCUCCAUCCACACAGCCACCUGAGCCUCCGGUGCAAUGGUCCAUGCCAUCUCUGUCUGUAGUAGCUGGUCUGGAAGGAGAGGGUAUCUGAAGAACGACAACUCCAUGAACUAAAAAUACACUCACAAACAAGUCACAGGAAUUCACAAACUGACCAGAACGGGAAAAGGAUCUGUUUCAUUCUGUUUAUCUCUUCUUCAGUCUUCAUCUCAGUGUCUCUUUGUGUUGUACUGUUAUGACGCCAUGUCUCAAACAGGGAAAGUCCUUCAUUUGUAUGUGGAGGUGAGAUCCUCACCAGAGCAUGAUGGGAAAGGUAGUUCCUGUGAGACGACAGUGGAGCAAGAUGGUCCCGUUGAAGCUUUGACCAAAUUAGCACAGGCAGCAUCUGGGUUUCCCGCACCUCCCAGCAGCUCAUUCAAACCAAAUGUUAGCUUCAGACUGCAGCCUUCACACAGUUCUUUGGAUUCCCCUCAAAGAUGCAGCAUUCCCCAACAGGAACCAUUCCAACAGGUGCCCUCUGUCCUCAACAACAACAUUGACAGUAAACAAUUAAAACAUGCCCACUCGUCAUACUCCGGACAGACAUCUGGUCCCGGAACGCCUUGUCAAACCUGCAGCCAUCACAAGAACUCUAAACCAGAGCUCAGACAGAGGUCCGUGGUCACUUUCAGCUACAUUGAGAAGGCCCAGAUCAAAACCGUAGAGAGUCCUUGUAAUAGCCCCGGUGGAAUAAAGGAGGUAGCGGCUUGCCCACGUAAGAGGUAUAGUGAUCCAGUGUGGUCGCAACCUGCGGAACCUUCCUGCAAUAAUAGUCCAUUUCACCAGCACAUGGGUUCUACUUUGAUUUCUAUCGGUCAAGUUGCAACACAGCGAGCCCUGAAGGAAUUUGGGUCUCCCCAAUUGAGGUGCAAGUUUUCUCAUUGCUCAGAGUGGAGUCCAGAGUUUCAUCAACACCAGAGGGAACGAUGCCAGUCUUGGGCAGGUCCACCCAUGCCAAACUGCAGUGCCUACCGCCAUGAUCCUGACCCAGGCAGGGUAGGAGCUGCGUGUGGUGUCCACAAAAGCCCAGCAUCAGAUGCUUUCUCAUCCCACACAGGGCACAACAGCCAGCAGAAAUCCACCUCCAGGUCCCAAGGAUGCCCCAAGCAGAACCUCAUUUCAAAGCAAGACUGCUCUGCUCCAGUCAGUCAAAGUUCGGGAAGCUGGGGUGAAGGCAGGCCUCUGUCAGAGCAAAGGACCAGCCUCACAAACACACCCACUCAUGGUUUGAACCAGCUGAGUGGAAGCAAUUACUCCUCAGCUCUGAACAAUCCUGAGAUAGUCCACAAGAUUGCUGAAGAGGCCACCAAGGUGUCAACAGUUUUCAACGAGGUCCGAAGUUCUCCUCCUCCCGUUGUUUUUGGGGGUUUGUCUAAUCUAAGCAGCACAAACUAUGGGUAUCCUUCUAGAGAAAUCCAGCAUGAGACCUUACAGCAGAGUCCAUUGCAGCAUUCGGCUGUCAAGAUGAACAUACCUGUGCAUGAAGACCGUUCUACGACAAAUGGGGUGCAUGAAGCACCAGCUACUAAGAGCUCGGAUUUAGGAGAUGACCUGGCCAAUCACUCAUUCUGCUCUGUCCCAGUGGGAGGAGACCCUGAUUCUCCGGCCCUUCCAUCACGUCUUCUUCGUCCAAGUCUGUCCAAAGCAGAUGUGUGUUCUCCACUCCGAGAUCCACGCCAGCUUAGAGCUGACCUGCCAGUCUCUGACAGCCCCACUUUACACCGUCACAAGCCUCCACAGUACACUGGAGAGGAGUGGACAUCUGGGGAAACCUGGUUCCUGGACGAGGAGGACUGGGAUUACCAUGUCGUCGCAGAAAGCGUGGAGAUCUCCAGGCGGUUGUUUAUCGGUCAGAGUGUGGACGAUUCUCCGGUCAGUUGGACAUCUAGACAACAGUGGAAAGAGCAGGCAAAGAAAGAGGAAGGGAAGUUCAGUUUGUCAGAAAAACUUGAAGGUAAUCUCAACAGCAGCAGUCCAGUGUACAGAAAAAGCGAUAGGGUUGAGGUCAUAGAACGAGGAGAGGAGAAUGUGAGCAAUUCGUUAUGUAAAGCAAACCACGGCCCUGGGGAAAGUGUAGAGGAGGUGACCAGGCUAACACAGCAACAGAGACAGGCAGAAUGGAGGAGAAGACAGGCCUUGCUUCUAGGGCCGGUGGUAUUAGAAGAGGGAGACGGAGAGAGAGGAGAGGACGAACAGGGGUUUGGAGAUCAGCAGGGUUUGGUUGGGUCAUCCCCGAGCUCUAGUGGAGUAACGGGAAGCCUAGGAGACAGAGAUUGCAUCUCACCUGAGUCCAGCCAGAACAGCAACCAAUCGGAUCACCCAUCAUCAGGAAUACAGUCUGAUGGCGGUUCUUUAGUGCCAGGUCCAUCUCUGCACUGUCAGAAAAUUGCUCGUGCCAAGUGGGAGUUUCUGUUUGGCACUCCAGCAGAAAACAUUGCCAGCAAACAAGAGAAGAAUGUUCCAGAAUCCUCCACAGCUCCACCAAGUGGCCACUCCACCCCAAUACCACCCUCUUAUCUGCCAUUGGAGGAGCUUGCUCUCAGAGCUAAUCAUGACGUCCAACACGUGGAGGUGGAGCUAGUGACUCCGCCCCCCACUGCCCCAGGCACCUCCCCCAAAACAGGCAUAAUUCGGCGAACUUUGAAAUACUCCGAGACCGAUCUGGACGCCGUUCCGUUACGAUGUUAUCGGGAGACAGACAUAGACGAGGUGCUGUUAGCAGAGCAAGAGGACGCCGACUCAGCGUUUGGAAGUAACCGAAGUGUCAUGGGAACUUCCUGUGCUGGGAGCAGCCCGCUAGGAGAGAUGCCGAAUAAAAGAACAGAUGGACAGGAGGAGGAGGAGGAGGAGGAAGAGGAGGAUGUUGCGAGCUGGGUCACUGUCAGGAUGCAGGGCGAUGUGAGGAGGCUGUUGGCCGAUCAGGAGCGAGAUGAAGAAGAGGAGUUUUACAGCAUGAUGCUAAAGAGGCCCCAAGAUCGUUUCAGUAACGACCACCCAGCUCUAAAAUCUCCCAUCCUGGUCCGUGGUCCUCGCAGAAGGUCCGGAGACAGUUUGGACACAUUCAGCCGGCAUUUUGAGAACAUCAUGGAGUCACACCGUGCCAAGGGCACCUCCUACAGCAGUCUGGACAGUCUUGACCCUCUGACCUCUAGCACUCAAACUGUCCUGACCUUUGACCUCCCCACACUGACUCCACAGGUGCAGGGUCAGAUCUACCAGAGUGCCCGGCAAAUCGUGGCGCUCAGCUUCGCUCCACUGGCACACAUAGAGAUGCCCAGCCUUUCAGAGUCAGCGCUGACGAUAACAGGGGAGACGGAUGCCACACGAGCGCCAUCCAGUGAACGUCUCAGCAGCGGGUCCGACGAUCGCAAUGGACAGAGCUGGCAGAGCAACCCACCACUUUCACUGCCCAGAGAGAAAUCUCCUCGCUUUGCUGCGGACCCAGAUUUGGAUCAGGAGCUGAGCGAGCGUUUGGGUUUGGGCAGUAAUGACACUCUCAGUAACGGUAACCGCGCCGAUCUGGACUCUGCCAAACGUCUGGCCAAGCGGCUCUUCUACCUCCACGGCUUCAAGAAGUGCGACGUUGCGCGUCAUUUGAGUAAAAACAAUGACUUCAGUCGCCUGGUGGCAGAGGAAUAUCUGCGCUACUUCAAUUUUUCUGAAAUGACUUUGGACCAAGCACUAAGGGCAUUUCUACUAGAAUUUGCUCUGACGGGCGAGACGCAGGAGAGAGAGAGAAUCUUAGCACACUUUUCCCAUCAAUAUGUGCAGUGCAAUUCAUCUCUCACACUAUCUGAAGACAGUGUCCACACGCUGACCUGCGCGCUUAUGCUGCUCAACACAGACCUGCACGGCCAUAACGUUGGCAAGCGAAUGUCCUGCACUCAGUUCAUCGGGAAUCUGGAAGGACUAAACAGCAGCCAUGAUUUUCCUAAAGAACUCCUCAAGGCCCUGUACAACUCUAUUAAAAAUGAAAAGCUGCAGUGGACAAUCGAUGAAGAAGAGUUGCGUCAGUCGUUUUCGGAGCUGGGCGAGCAGCGAGGAGGAGUGAGGCGGACGGGCAGCGGUUUGGUUUCUCCGUCCGGAGCGCUGCUCUACAAAACGGGUUUCCUGGUGAGGAAGGUCCACGCAGAUUGUGACGGGAAAAGAACACCUCGUGGAAAAAGAGGAUGGAAAACAUUUUAUGCUGUUCUGAAGGGACUCAUCCUUUACCUGCAGAAAGGCGAGUAUCGACCGGAUAAACAGUUAUCAGAUGAGGAUUUGAAGAAUGCGGUGUCUAUUCAUCAUUCGCUGGCCAUCCGAGCCACAGACUACAGCAAACGGCCAAACGUGUUUUACCUCCGGACCGCGGACUGGAGAGUCUACCUCUUUCAGGCUCCGAAUGCUGAACAAAUGCAGUCUUGGAUCACACGCAUCAACACGGUGGCAGCCAUGUUUUCAGCCCCGCCCCUCCCUGCUGCCAUUGGCUCACAGAAGAAAUUCAGUCGGCCGCUGCUGCCAGGCUCCGCCUCCAAGCUGUCACAGGAGGAGCAGGUACAGGCUCAUGAAGCUCGAUUUCGCUCCAUCUCCACUGAGCUCGUACAACUGCGCUCUUAUCCACCUGACAGGAAGGUGAAAGGUCGUGAACUUGAGGAGUACCGAAUGAGGGAGGAAUAUCUAGAGUUUGAGAAAACGCGCUAUGAGACGUAUAGCAUGCUCCUGCGGGCGAAGCAGCGCUGCGACGACGAUGACCUGUCAGUGUUUGAAGCCAUGCUCUUGGAGGAAAGUGCGCUACAGAGAUCUCAAUCCAGCCCCACGCUGCAGGAGAGCAGUAUGACCUGCAGCACCAGAGACGGCGCGAGUCAAAGCGCUGCCGCCGGCGCACAAGAACCAUCCGGCAACGGCAACAACAGCUGCUCCCGCGGUCAGGGCCAGAGACACAGCUACCGGCAGGCCGUCCGCAAGUGAAGCCGCCGCCGCCACCCACAGGAAGCUCGCUGUACUGGAGAGGAAGUGAGGUCUCUCUCUUUCCUGUGUGCGCCCUCCCUGCUCUGUGUGCCAUCAGGAAGGGGUGUUGAUUCCGACUGAAUCUGACUCUGUGAUUGGCUGAUGGCUGGGUGAUGUCACAAUACAAGGUGCUAUGGGAUCUGGAUGGGAGAACGUGAUUAGGAUUCGGAGAAACGUAAAUAUGAAAUGCAUAACCUUCCUUUGCCUUCUAGUUCUCGGUUUCUUCUGCGAUUUCUUACCUGAAGCCAUUUCAUCGCACACUACCAAGUCAAAUCUGGGCCUAAACGUCUUCAAACCUUUAAAAUAUGACCGUGUUAGAAGGUCUUCAGUUUUUGCAUUUCUAGAAAUAACUCAUUUGUUUACCAUGCAUAUUAAAAUUCACAAAUUCUGCUCAAAAUGGUCACGAAGAGUAUCAACGCUUGGCAGGGCGACAUCUAGGAUCUGUGUAUUUUGUUAUUUGUCAUAUGGGCGUCUCAUUUUGUCGUGUUUAUGAACGGUAGAUGAGCAGAAAACUGACUAGCCCAUAUGCAACUAGUUAUUUCUUCAUGUUGUUCUAAGCAUUAGCAAGCUGUAUUUGUACAGUAAUGCACAGGGACAUCAUAGUCACUAAAUGCACCAUCCGUUUGCUCUGCAAAACCCCGUUUUGCCCUAAAACGUCUUUUGCACUGAACACUAAAUAUAAUUACACUGCGAAACUCAUUUUCUCAAUCAGUAGUUUGUCUUUUUUCUUAUAAAAAUAUUUAAGCAUCCUUAAAAUUAGAUCUAUAAUUGAGAAACAAAUUUUGUAUAUUGUGUCUUGAAUUAAGAUUUUCUUACCUCAUUUACAGGUUGUAUUUUUCCCUAGUUUUUAAGCACAAACCUCACCAAAUUUUGUAAGAUGUAUGCGUAAAAUAGGAAAAAACAUUUGUGAAAAAUUCUGAAAAAAGAUCAACUUAAUUCAA